AACCGAGUCACUAAAAGAUCCGAACCACAACCACACAGAAGAAACGAGUCGCUCUGAUGGAGACUGUUGUUGAUCACAUAAUAUAAUGUUGAUAUUCAUCGAUUUGUUGCUCAAGGUUUGGGAUUUCUGAAGCGGUUUCUCAUCUGCAGAAGCUCAUUGGAGCUGAAUAUAUCCGUUUGAGGCGCUUAGAUGCUUUGAGUUUUCGAGCCCGUGAAAAUGUCUGUUGUUUUUGUUCCGAAACGGCAGCGCGGAAAAGCGCAAAUCAACCAGGAGACAAUUCAAAGACUGCUGGAUGAGAACGAUCAGCUGGUGAGAUGCAUCACAGAGUAUCUGCAGAAGGGCCGAGCCACAGAGUGUGUCCAAUACCAGCAGAUUCUGCACCGGAACAUCGUGUAUUUGGGAACCAUAGCUGAUGCCGGCACAGAGAUCGUGCCGGAGGAGACGCAGACGUCUGCAAACGACUCGAAUCCUUAAGGAAACAGAAUCCCAUUGGCCGAAAGGAACUCCAGAUGUCUUUGCUGGGGAACACUUUUUAUGUACAUAAUUUCAUAAUAUUUAUACUUUA